AUGAGCACCGUGCCCAACGAACGCCUCAAUUUAUUGCUCAAGAUUUACGAGCCAUUCUCUAAGCUAGACAAGGACAGCAUCGAAUACCGAGAGCUGUCAGAGUCUGGCAAAGUCUGGGAGGAUUACUUCCAGCCGGGAGACAGUGAGAGAUAUGGAUAUCUCAAAGCACAAAAGGAGGGCAAGCCGUUACUGGAUGCGAUCGAUUGCUUCCGGGAUGCCAUGAAAACUCCGGUUACGGGCCUUGCGAAAGACAUGGUCCAUAGCUUCGCGCUGCAAUCCGUGCAGAUCGAGAACAACCAAAUGUCGGUCACCCAGGCUGGAAAACUGGACGAGUACCUACGCCAAAAUGUCCUUUCACGUUACCCGUUGAGCGAGAUGUCUGCCGCAGAAAUUUCGAAGAUCUCGCUUCCAGAUGUCAAGUUUCUGUUCCCGAAGACACAUGUGAAUCAGAUUAAUGAGUUGCGCAACCACCUCGUGGCGUCGCACUGGAUCGCGGAGACGUCCCCCGCCAAGGCUGGUACCGGUUUCGACGAGGAUGAGAUCCAGAACCUCGCCGCUCUGACGAUGAGAGAUCUCGGCUACGGUGAUUAUUAUCUGGCGCCAUUCGGCCCCAGGGUGAAAUUUGGCGAGUAUCGAUCAACCCCAAUUGGCGUCAGCAGCAACCCCAUGAGAGUCUUCCCGUACCACGACGAAGUUCCCGGCUGCAUGGAAAGGUUCUUCAAGUGGCGUCAAACAGCACAAAACGAGGGCAAGCUGCACCCGAUUAUCCUUGCGUGCCAGAUAGUCGCCUACUUUUUGCACAUACACCCGUUCCCCGACGGCAACGGUAGGGUAUCUAGGAUGAUUAUGCAGGAUUACAUGCUUCGACGCGGCUAUCUCCCUGUUUACUUGCAAGCGCUGCAGCCCGGGGAGUAUCGGAAGAUGAUUUCGGAUGCGCAGGAUGGACACCCCGAGCAAUUCGUGAAUCGGGUUCUUACGUCUCAGCUCGAACAACUGACCACGUUGAAAACGGAGGAGUUGAUGUAG